CGGCGGCGGCGGCGCAGAGGAGGAAGGCGGCCCCGGCCCGUCCCGCGGUCCCGCGGCCCCGCGGCCCCGCGCGCCCCCUGCCCCGGCCCCGAGCCCGGGCCCGUCCGCCGCCGCCAUGGCCCGGCCGCUGGUGCCCAGCUCGCAGAAGGCGCUGCUGCUGGAGCUCAAGGGGCUGCAGGAGGAGCCGGUGGAGGGCUUCCGGGUGACCCUGGUGGACGAGGGCGAUCUGUACAACUGGGAGGUGGCCAUCUUCGGGCCCCCCAACACCUACUACGAGGGCGGCUACUUCAAGGCGCGCCUCAAGUUCCCCAUUGACUACCCUUACUCCCCACCAGCCUUUCGGUUCCUGACCAAGAUGUGGCACCCCAACAUCUAUGAGACUGGGGACGUGUGCAUCUCCAUUCUCCAUCCUCCGGUUGACGACCCUCAGAGUGGGGAGCUGCCCUCGGAGCGGUGGAACCCCACCCAGAAUGUCAGGACCAUCCUCCUGAGCGUCAUCUCCCUCCUCAACGAACCGAACACCUUUUCACCUGCCAACGUGGAUGCCUCGGUGAUGUACAGGAAGUGGAAAGAGAGCAAAGGCAGGGACCGGGAGUACACGGACAUCAUCCGGAAGCAGGUCCUGGGGACCAAGGUGGACGCAGAGCGGGAUGGCGUGAAGGUGCCCACCACGCUGGCCGAGUACUGCGUGAAGACGAAGGCCCCGGUGCCCGAUGAGGGCUCGGACCUCUUCUACGAUGACUACUACGAGGACGGCGAGGCCGAGGCCGACAGCUGCUUUGGGGACGACGAGGAUGACUCGGGCACCGAGGAGUCCUGACACUGCAUCCCCACGAAUAAACUUACAAAUUUUACCUCAGCCGCCCGACUGUGUGGGCUCUCGGCGCCUCUUGCCGCUGUGACUACCUCCCGGCGGUGUGCGGCCCCCGGCCAUCCCCAGGCCCCUCCCUGGUCCUCUGCUUCCAUCUCGUCCACCCGCUGCUGGAGCUGGGCCUGUGGACCCCAGCUGCCUGUCCAUCCUGCUGGCUGGAGCCAGAGAUUCGGGGUCCCAGCUCAAGUAGACGAGUAACUUGGGGUCACUCUUCGCUCUGCUUUGGUUUGUUUGGAAUCUAAAUAAAGCGACUUUAUGAGAAGCCAGAGGACCUCGGGGUCCGGGCGCAUGGCCUGUGCCCAUGUGUGUGUGACCAUGGCGGGCAGCACCCCUUUGAGCCUGGCGGGCAGGCAGGCCUGGAAGUUCCCUGAGGAUUCCUGUUGGUUGCUGAUCUGGGAUCUGGGCAAGAGGGAGCUGGUUAUAAAAGGAAGCCCCAGCUGCCUACAGGUGUGGUCUUAGAGCUGCAGGGGUCCUGGGGGUCCCACCAGUUGCCUGCAGACUCCUCCCCCCGCAUCCCCGGGGUUGGUGUCACCUACUGAGCAUCCCGGAGCUGCCAGUUUGCAAUGAGAGACCCUGGAGUCCUCAGCAGCCAGACCCACCCCCCAGCUCUGCCUGUUUUGUAAAUAAAAAUUUUAUUGGAACAAA